CCCCUCCUAGGGGGCGGGCCCCACACUUUGGGAAGGUCUGCCUUAAGAUAUGAUGUAAUAUAUCCGCUCUGGCUGCUGCUGCUUGCUUUUACAGCUGGACUUUGAACCUAAUCACCUCAUCUAAGUAUUAUAAGUGCUGUAGGAGUCAAGCUGUGUUUUAUUAACCAGCAUAGUGUAACAGUUAGUGUAACAGUAGAUGAUGUUUAACACUUUUACAGCUGUACUUUGAACCGAAUUAUCCCAUCGAAGUAUUACAUGGGCUGUGAGAGUCAAGCUUUUGUGCUGCUUUUGUGUUUUAUUAACCAGUCUAGAAGUUGAGCUGAUUCACAGUGUUGCUGCGCUUCUUCAUUGUUUCGUGUGAACUCUUCUCCGUGAAGGAUCAACCUGUGUAAGUUCACUAACGUAAAGCAGAGUUACUUUCGUCAUGCAGCUGGUGAUCCGUCGGUACCGUCCUGCAGACAAGGACACAGUGCUCACCCUCUUCAGUACUGGCACCUUGGAGCAUAUCCGUCCAUGUUUCUAUAACGCCAUGACCAGUCCCCUUUACCUCACCAUCACCUCGACUCUGUGUGUUGUUGGUUAUCUCCUUGGCUCUGUGUUUGGGGCUGUGCUGUUCCCAGCAGCUUGGGUAGGUCUCAUCUACUGCUGCUGUCAUGAAGUAUAUGCAUACUACGUCAGGUAUAAACUUCGCACCGACAUGCAGGACAUCCCUGGGAACUUCCUCAGCAGACCUGAUGACUGUUUCUGGGUGGCUGAGGCUGAGGUUGGAGCGAGAGCCCAGGUUGUUGGUAUGGUGGCUGUGGUAGCUAAACACAGUGGGACAGAAAAGUAUGGGGAAAUGUUCAGAAUGAUCAUUUUCCCACAGUAUAGACGGAUGGGCCUCGGCUUUAGGUUGACUCAGACCGCGGUUGACUUCUGUAAAGAACGGGGCUUCUCCAAGGUGGUGUUGGAGACUAGCUCCACCCAAAUGGCAGCUGUGGCCCUGUACAGCAAAGUGGGGUUUAACCGUGUCCAGUCUCAUAUCAAAGCACAGGCAGCUCAUUGGAUCAUUUCACUGGCCAGGGUCACUAUUAUAAGGAUGGAAAAAUACUUGUAAAUGUAAAAUAACACUCAUCAGCAAUGUGUUGUUUUCAUGCUUGGCUCCUCUUUAACAGUGGUUUAAUAUUUGGCAAUGGUUAAACUUGACUGUAACCAAAACCCUCUGGUUUAGGUGUGAAAAAAUGCCAAAUUUGAUGUACACUGUAGGACUCUAUGAACAGAUAUGAAUGUAAGGAGCAAGAUGUUGUUACUAAAAACUUUCUGGUUUCCUCCCACUACACCAUGAUUCACUAACAGUUAAUCCUUACAAUGUGUACUUUUCAGUGAUGAUUUCACAUAAUCAGUUGUACUGACCACUUUUAACUGUUUUAAUUAAUAAAUUAUUUUUAUUUAAAAAAAAAAAAAGAAAGGGAAAAAAAAUACGUUUCAAAAUCUCCGUAUACGCCCACAGGCGUUAGUAGUUGUAACAAAUAGUGUUUGAAAAUUCAUCAUUCUUAUUAUGCGAGAGAUAACGUCUAAUGUAUAAUGUCUAAAUGUUUUUCUAUUAAUUACCAAUAUUUGGAGAAACAUUUUAAAAUACAGUACACACAACAUAUUGUAAGCACAUGAUACAAAGUAUGUAAAAAUCUUAAUAACAAGGAUUUUAAUUUGCUUAUGAAAUGAAGAUUUGAUUUUUAAAUUCAGUAUGUUGUACCCAAAUCUAUACUGUGGAUAUGGAUGUGAACAGCAGAGGGCGCUACUGACCUGAGUAACACUGAAGCUCCUUUGAUGAAAAUAAUUUAUUUCUGAUAUUAUACAGCAUUCACUUCCUUUUCUACAAGGAAGUAUUAGAUGUUUAAAAUAUAACUGCACCAUAAACAGUGCUGGAAAGUAAAUACAGUACAUUUGCUAAUAUGCCGUUUAAACUCAAGUUUUACAUCUAGAAUAUGUUGUGAUUGGCUAUGAUGCAGCAUGUGAAACAAUAACAAAUGAGCUAGUGCACGGCAGUUCAUGGGUAAUCAAAAUCGUUUGAAACUCACUGACUGCUGUAGAUGCUGUGCAUUAAAACUUCCAACAUUUUAAAAUAUGA